CGGCGACAAGCGCGGGCGGCGGGUUGGAAAUCACAAGAACGCGUCUUCGCAUCGCGGUCUCCCACCCGCCAACAAAGAACCUACGGCUUCCCCACCCUUUUCUCUGUCUCUCUUUCCCCUCCUUCCCUCUCAAUUGAAAAAGCAUCUACGGCCUUCAUAACUUCCUUCCUUCUUGAUACCUCUUCAGCGCUUCCUCUUUCGAUCAUCAUCUGCAGCACCAAAGAUUGACAUAAUGGCAAACUCGGCGUCGGGGAUGGCGGUCAACGACGAGUGCAAGCUCAAGUUCCUGGAGCUGAAGGCGAAGAGGAUACACAGGUUCAUCGUGUUCAAGAUCGACGAAAAGUUGCAGCAGGUGACGGUAGACAAGAUCGGGGGUCCGUCCGAGAGCUACGACGACUUCACCGCCUGCAUGCCCGCCAAUGAGUGCCGCUACGCCGUCUUCGACUUCGACUUCAUCACCUCCGAGAACUGCCAGAAGAGCAAGAUCUUCUUCAUCGCCUGGUCGCCUGACACUUCCAGAGUGAGGAGCAAGAUGCUGUACGCGAGCUCCAAGGACAGAUUCAAGAGAGAGCUGGACGGCAUCCAGGUGGAGUUGCAGGCCACAGAUCCCAGCGAAAUGGGGAUCGACAUCAUACGCGCCCGCGCCUUAUAGAGCAACACUCGACCACCAUUAAUCACCUCCCUUUCUUCUUUGGCUCGUAUUCGCUGCUCACAGUGCGACCCUUCAAAUCGAGAUGCUAGCUACCGACUCUUGUGCCAUUAAUAUUCUAUUCAAUUUUUAUUUACAUGCUGAAGACUGUUUUAAAAUCUCUAAUGUCAUUACUGGAUGUGAAGAUUCUUGAUGAACUCUGCCAUUGAGUUCUCCUUCUUUUGGUUCCAUUGGCUGUGUGUAUCUAAGAUUUCUUAUGGUUGUUGGUAUAUCUUCUAGAAG